CUCCAAACUGUUUUCCUUUGUUUAGUUCACGCGGAACCUAGGAUGAGGCUUUCACACUGGGAUAUUGCCAACAGAGGCCGACCCUCAAUAACUUGUUAAUUGUCACGGUAUGAAAGAGGCCUGUCAUCUGAACAAGGCGCUUUCAUCCUUUAUCAGGCAGGAAAAAUUCCCUGACAAGGGCUUCUCAAGCACAGUCGCACGCACACGCAUUCCAGUGUCAGUCGCGCUUGCGCGAUGAAAUCUAUAUUGCAGUUAAAAACAGACACAUUCAACUGUAGUAUAUUAUUUACGAGCAAAACGAGCCGCACACUUCGUGCAACAUAAUCAUGAGCUCGAAACCUUACCGUGUUGGUCAAUGGAUUCCUUCUGACCAGAAAGUUCUUGACAAAUGGUUAGACAACUUGAUCACAGAAGUCAAAAGUAAAUCCAAAGAUAAGUUAGCGUUAUUGAUGGCUCUUCAUCCGCCGGCUGAAGAUGAAGAGACGGCUAGAGGUGGAAAUCAGCUAGCAGUUGCUCACGGUACAGAGGAAGACCUCUUUCUCCAUCCGCCGGUUCAAGAAUUAUUGAAAGCUAUCAUCUCCGACCCCGAGAUCAACAUGUUUUUCCAUCAGAUGUUCUGGCAACAGUACAAGAAUCCAGAUAGUUCGAAAGGGACGAGGAUCCCUUGCUGGCAACUGAUGAUUAUUUUAAUCGACUACAUCAUGACAACAGCUCCAGAGUAUAACAAAACUGGUUUGGUUGGCUUCCCCAUUAAUGUAAUCCUGAACUGGCCGAUGGCCACGACUGCUGGAUUUGCUGCUUUCCUCAACGACAAAGUCAACACGUUGUUCAAAAGUAUUCUCAACUAUUGGGGAAAGUUUCUUUCCAGUUCUGCCUCUUGUUACGUGUUGACUGAUGAUCCUCGUCAUGGUUGGUUUGGUGAAGACGCAAUGCAAGCAAUGCCAGACUUCGACGAAGAUUUCAAAUGCAAGCCUAAUGAAAAACAUCAUGGUUUUAAAUCAUGGGAUGAUUUCUUCACCAGAGAGUUUCGUGAUAACCGUCGUCCAGUAGCAUCUCCGGACGACGAUUCCAUUGUUGCGAAUGCUUGUGAGUCGGCGCCAUAUCAAAUCUCUGAAGCCGUGAAAAAGAGGGACUUCUUCUGGAUAAAGCACCAACGAUACUCAUUGGACUUCAUCCUAAACAUGAGUGACCUUGCCAAGCAAUUUCAUGGUGGAACCGUCUACCAAGCGUUCCUAAGUGCCACUAGUUAUCACCGAUGGCACAGUCCUGUGUCGGGCACUAUUUACAAGACAGAACUCAUAGAUGGUUCUUAUUAUUCUGCGACCCACAACAUCCAGGAUGACCCUGCAUCGCCCAACAUGUCACAAGCAUACCUAGCCCAAGUAGCUGCCAGAGGUAUUAUCUACAUUCAAGCUGACAAUCCCGACAUUGGCUUGAUGUGCUUCGUAUCAAUCGGUAUGUCAGAGGUGUCCUCCAACGAAAUCACCGUUAAAGAAAAGGAUAAAGUGAAGAAAGGUGACCAGCUCGGCAUGUUUCACUUUGGCGGCUCCACGCAUCUACUGAUAUUCCGCCCAGAAGUAAAUGUCCUGUUUGAUACGAGAAAUCAAACGCCAGGUCUGGAUGCCGAAAAUAUUCCAGUUAAGUCGAAAAUUGCGACCGUACGUCCAGCAGGCAAAUAGAAGCGGUGAGGAUUUUGAUAAACAUUGCACUUAAGUGUGCUUUAGAUGCUAAUACCCUAAUCUCAUAAGAGAAACUGGAAUUUAAAUAGGUUUGAGGAUGCAAAAAGAAAUUUUCUUUCAUUUAUGGUUAUUGAUUUUCUGUCUGGAACAAAUUCAGUUUGUUAAAGAUAGUUCAGCUGGUGUCACCUAGUAUCUUAGCCAUGGACAAUUUAGAAAAAAUCAAGAGACUUGAGAUGAAAUUUAAUUUGCAGUGUGGACUCUUUGAGUCAAAAUUAGAAGGCAAGUUGUUUAAAUACAACUCGUGGCACGAGGAAAUAUGAUUGAUGAUAUAUUUUCAAAACGAAGUAAUAGAUCGAGCACAUUCUCAAUGGUUGGAUCACUUAGCCAUUUCCCUGUUGUCGUGGCAUGUGCGACGCAGAUUCUUAAUUCAAGAAUACAAAAAUCUUAAAUUUUUUGGUUUUUUGUAAUUUGCUAAAUAUCCUGGCUUUCUGGGAAAAUAAGGAAAAGAAAAGGGUGUGUAAUUACCGUUAACAAAAUCGCUACUCAGUUUUGAUCGACAAGAUAGACGAAAAGUGAUUUUAACUUGACCAUAAUGUCUCAUAACUAAACCAAUCUUUCCAUUUCGGAUGGGGAAUAAAUCAGUCGUUGAAAUUUAACUUAUAGCCAACUGUUAGACUUUCCAUAUUCUAGUUUACCGCUUCGAUGAUUCCUUCAUUAAUAAUUCAAAUAAAGCGAUGUCCUAUUUUUCCCUUAAGCUUCCAGUGGUUCGUGGAUCAUCAGUGAAAUAAAUGUCAACCUGAUUUAAAGUUCACAUUCAAAAUACAUUGAGACAAUAAGAUACGAUUAAUUCCUACCCAAACGCAAUAUAAACAAGAGUUCUAUCACAUCUUAGAAUAAGUAGACUUAUUCCAAUUCUUGAAACUGUAACGUUUAUGACGCUUGUUUAACUCCUGUUUUACCACGUUAGGUUUGAUGGAGAAUCAAAGCGGUGAGAUAUCGAAAUAUCCUUUGCAAACGUCCCUUCCGACAACAUCACAUUCCAAACAACGCCUUCACAAGAAGAAAAAAACUUAGUUCUUAGCGCACCUGAUAAGGUACAUUAGCAUCGUCAUUCAAUGUCAGUUUAGAGAGGUAUAAGAUACCACGAGCGCGUACGUUUGUACGUCAAAGCCUUUUCGAUUUGCAAACCCAACAAUUAAAACAACUCGUCAAUAUUGCGUGGACUGGACGAACUGAUGGAAAUCUGGAGGUAUCCUCCGAGCUAUUAAUUAGUCAGAAAUAUAUCUGAGCCCAAGUCAGGAAUCAAGGCUACAGUUCGAUUGGCAUCGAGACCUGCACGUAUUUAGAUGAAAGUGACAAAAAAGGUCAAGAGCUUAAUAUCUUUAGGAACCAUAAUAGGCUUCAAUAGAUAGGCGACCAGUAUUAAUAUAAUAAUCUCAUGUCGCGUCCAACAUAUUAAUAUCUAAGAUAGUCACGGC